AUGGCAGAGGAAACGCCCAGCACACCCUCGUUCGAUUGGGAGGAUCUUGGUCAGCGAGUCCAGGCAGAGAUCAAGGGAAAGUUUCUCUCGCGCUGCUCUCCCGAGGAGAUUUCACUUGUCACCACGCACCUGAUGCCUCUGGUCAAGUUUACACCUAAGACCAUGUGGGCUUCCACCAAUAAGCUGUUUACAACCAGGCUUUCCGAAAAAUGUCCACAGAUGCAAAUGCUGCAAUGCGGUGUUGUUUGCUUUGUUUUUGGGAUGAAAAAAGCCAUCAAGUCGAAGAAAAUUGAAGAUUACAUCAAGAACAACCCGAAUUCGUUGGAAAAAUUCCAGAUCGGAGAUAAUCCCUGCGUCCCGCUUCCAAAUGGCUUGACGCCCAAGAGGACGGGCGGCAAUCGCAAAUGCGCCGAGGCUCCGACCAGUGGCGGCACUGACGACGCCAACGGCGAUGGUGGCGAAGGCGAGGAAAGACGCGUGAAGAGCAGGACCGGCGGGAAGCGCAAAGCCGCCGAGGCUCCUACCAAAGGCGGCGCUGACGACGCCGACGGCGAUGGCGACGGAAGACGCGUCAAGAGCAAGACUGGGGUGAUUCGGUACAAUCUUAGCCACGGCAACGCUAAUCUCAACAGCCCAAGGAACGAAGUGAAGGAUCGCGCUGCUGACCUCGACAGCCCCAACACCGAGGCGAAAGAUCCUGACGCUGGCCUUGACAGCCGCGAGACCGACCUAAGCAAUCGCGAGUCCGCCCUUGAAAGCCGUGAGGCUACGCUGAAGGAUCGCGAGUUUGUUCUCAACAGUCGCGAGACUGAGCUGAAAGCCAAUGAAGCUGGUCUGGAGGAUCGCGAAACCAAGCUGAGCGACCGCGCGUCCGCUUUUGAAGACCGUGAGGCCAAGCUCAGGGAUCGCGAGACUACCCUCAACGGCCGCGAUGCUACUCUCAAGGACCACGAGUCUGUCCUGGACAGUGUCGAGGCCGAGCUGCAAGAUCGUGAGGCCGGCCUCGAUGAUCGCCAGACUGAGCUCGAUGAUCGCCAGACUGAGCUCGAUGAUCGCCAGACUGAGCUCGAGAACCGCGUGACCGCGCUAGACAACGGCGAGACUGAGAUGGGCGAUCGCGAGGCCAGUUUCAGCGCUCGCAAAGCCGCCCUGGACGGUUCUGAGAUUGAGUUGAAGGAUCGCGAGGCUGACCUCAGUCACCGCAAAGCCGUCCUGGACAGCAGCGAGACCGAGUUGGAAAAGCGACAGAUCGAACUCGAACAGCGAGAGACCGAUCUUGGCAAGCGUGAGAACGAAAUCAACGACCGAGAGCCGGCAUCGCGAGACAGAAAGUCGCAGGUCGACAACGGAUGCAAACAAGAGCGCACCGAGGGCAGAUCCAGCUCGCAGGCUCAAGCCGACCGUCUUUUCAACCAGACCGGCAGCGUCAACUACCGGCAAUCCCACAGCGACGCAAUCCUGAGCGCCAAUGCCGCUCGCGUCCUCUUCGACAUUGCAGUGGGCAAUGUCCAGGACACAGCCUGUCGCGACGACUUGAUGGAGCAGUACAAGGUGGUGGUGGACGAUCUGUUCAAGGCCAUCAAUCUCUGCUUCAGGAUUUCUCUACAGAUGGAUCGAAAGUAG